AUGGUGGAUACAAGAGGAAAGAAGAAGAUGAAGGAGGUAGUGCCAUCGAGGGUGGCCAACCGUAUAGUAUCGAGGUCGCGUCGUGAGGAAGCAGAGAAUGAGCAUCGACGUGCUAGGCUUGUGGAGAAUCCUUCUUCCCCGGUUCCCGUGCCUUUUGACUUAGACACAACUUUUGAGGGAGUGGCUGAGUAUGAUGGUUGUGAUGACAAUUAUGAUGACUUCCCGGAUGUGAAUGAGGCUUUCUUCGAGGGAAACCAUUCGAAUGCAGAUGGUUCUAGUGGACCUAGAUUAGAGCCCGAGGUUCCUUUUGUGUCUUCUUCGUCCUCUCAGUUUGUUCAUGUUAGACGUGGGCCUCGUGGUUGUUUUGAGUCAUCACGAGCCGAUUCGGAGGAGGGUAGCACUAGCAAGAGGAAGAAGGCAAGAGAAGGUGAUUCGUUGAUUCUUGACAGGAGUGGGCCAGGGGGGCCUAUUGAUCCUAGCCUGAUUUUUAGUUUUGGAGGUCAUGUGGCUUAUCGAUUAUGGGAUGAGGGUUUAAGGGCUCGCCGAAUGGAUUCAUUCAAGUUGUCGAUUAGAGCAUUGACAACCAAUUCUUUGAAAGAUUACAAAUUCCAGAGUCAGGGUGCUGCAACGUUGGUUGAGAAGGCAGGGUUGCGCAAGUUGUUGGACUGCUCGAUCCAGCACUUGGAUGGACCUUUCCUUGUGGCGUUUGUGGAGAGGUGGCAGCCAUACACCAACAUUUUUCACAUGCCUUUUAGAGAGACGACCAUCAUGCUCCACGACGUUGCAGUGCUGCUCGGGAUUCCAGUCGAUGGACAUAUGGUUGUAGGGAAUGAGAGGGUGAAAGCACAGUUGUGUGAGAUGCUGAGGGUCUCACAAUUGAGUGAACGAUCCAAGCCUUCGCUUAAGAGUGGGGGUUUGGUUUGUGUUGAAGCUAUGCAGCAGGUUGAAAGGUUUCGGGAAAGGGAUUCUGAGGUACGGAUCUUCUUGACCUAUUUGUUGGGGACCACCUUGUUUGUGGACAGGAGUGUGGAGAUUUGA